UACCAAAUAAUAAUAUAUUAUCUCCAUAAUCACCAUCUCAGAUCCAUAAGUCAUGGCUGCACAAACUACUACCAGCGAAGCUGAGCACUGCUCUUCCUCUUCCCUGCCCCUCAACGGCCGCGUAGCCAUCGUAACCGGCGGUUCGCGCGGCAUCGGCCGUGCCAUUGCAGCUCACCUCCACUCCCUUGGCGCAAAGGUCGUUGUCAAUUACGCUUCAUCAAACUCGGCGCAAGCAGAUCAAUUAGUCUCAGAGCUCAACCAGACAAGCCCAAAAUCGCAAGCGAUUGCGGUCCGAGCAGACGUCUCGGACCCGGAUCAGGUGAAGCAGCUCUUCGACAAAGCCGAGCAAGAAUUCGGGACCCAACUCGACAUCGUCGUGAACAGCGCGGGGGUUUUGGAUCCCAAAUAUCCCAGCGUGGCCAAUACGGCGGUGGAGGACUGGGACAACACAUUCAAUGUCAACACCAAAGGGGCGUUUUUGGUUUCUAGGGAAGCGGCGAAUAGAGUCAAGCGCGGCGGCGGCGGGAGAAUUAUUAUGAUAACGUCGUCGGUCGUCGGGGGGCUUAUGCCUGGGUACGCAACCUAUGCGGCCUCCAAGGCGGCGGUGGAGACGAUGGUAAAGAUUUUGGCCAAGGAGCUCAAGGGCACCGGAAUAACUGCGAAUUGCGUUGCGCCGGGGCCGGUGGCGACGGAGUUGUUCUUCGCCGGGAAGAGUGAGGAGACGGUUAAGAGGCUUGAGGAUGCUUGCCCUCUGGGUCGAUUGGGCGAGCCCAAGGAUGUGUCUGGGAUUGUGGGGUUUUUAGCGGCGGAUGCAGGCGAGUGGGUCAAUGGUCAGGUCAUUCGGAUCAACGGUGGAUUUUGCAUUUGAUCAACUCGUUUAUUUGCUGUCUUAUCACCAUAUUGCACGUAAUCGAAUCCCGUCCAGUCAGCAAUCUUUUCUCCAUGUCGAAUUUUACUUUUUUGCCCAUUGAAAAUUAUUAAAUUUGUAGAACUGGAUUGGCUGGAUUUAAAAAAUAAAUAAAAAAAUAA